CGCCGGACACAAAGACUGGCGAUCUUUUGGACGCGCAGCACUGGACAUGGAGGCCAAGCUCCAUGUUCAGGCCCCCUCCAGUGACAGGAGGAAAGGCGCCUUCCCUCGCGGUGGUAGAAAGGGAAAGGCGACCUUUGCAUACACGGGCUCUGGGUCCGCCUCUGAAACAGGAUCCCAGCCUGGAGACCUUUGGCUUACCCAACCGGCCAACCAAGCAUCACAUUGAGCUGCUGCCUGGGGCGGUCCCUCCCAAGGGCAGCAUCUACAGGAUGUCACCUGCUGAGCUUGAGGAGCUCAGGCGACAGCUUGAGACCCUGACCAGCAAGGGUUGGAUCAGGCCCAACACUUCUGAAUUCGGUGCUCCAGUCCUCUUUGUUCCAAAGGGGAGUGGUGAGUUCAGAAUGUGCAUAGACUACAGGGGUCUCAACAGGAUCACUAGGAAGAGCACAGAGCCACUUCCUAGGAUCGAUGACCUUCUGGAUAUGGUCCAGGGGUGCACCAUCUUCAGCAAAGUCGACCUCAAAUAUGGUUAUCACCAGAUUGAGAUGGCAGAGGAGGACGUCCACAAGACGGCCUUCAAAACCAGGUAUAGUACUUACGAGUACCUGGUUAUGCCAUUUGGACUUUGCAAUGCACCUGGCACAUUCCAGACAGAGAUGCACCGCAUCUUCAGGCCGUACCUGGAUAAGUUUAUGGUUGUCUACCUGGAUGAUAUCCUGGUAUUCAGCAAAACUAUCAGGGAACAUGCGGAGCACCUGGCUCUGGUUCUUCAGUCGUUACGUGACAGCCAGUACAAGAUCAACAAAGAGAAGUCCUCUUUUGGAGUUCCCUCUGUGAUCUACCUGGGUCAUGUAAUCUCUGGAGAUGGCUUGGCCCCUGAAGCAGCCAAGAUUGCGGCUAUUCAGGAUUGGCCACAGCCCCAGACAAUGGCCUUUGCACGACUCAAUCAGGCCUUGACUCGUGCACCUGUCCUGAAGUUACCUGACCCCACUUUGCCAUUUGUCCUGACCACUGACGCCAGUCAGUAUGGCAUUGGGGCAGUACUUCAGCAGGAUGAUGGGAAUGGUCUGAGCCCUGUCGAGUUCAUGAGUAAGAAGAUCAAGACUCAGAAGCUUCAGGACUCUACGUACGAGAAAGAGCUAUAUGCUCUUGUCAGUGCCCUGAAACAUUGGAAGCACUUUCUCCUGGGCAGGCACUUCAAGAUCUUUUCUGAUCAUUCCACCUUACAGUGGUUGAAGUCCCAGGGAGAGUUGAAUGAUAAAUUGGCACGUUACAUUCAGUUUAUUGAUUUGUUUGACUUUGAACUGAAGCACAAGAAGGGCUGCUACAAUAAGGUAGCUGAUGCCCUCUCUCGUAGGCCUGACUCUUUUGCGUUGAUCUCCUCUACUCAUUCCUUUGGAGAGGAGGUCCGUCAGACCAUUGCUCGUUCCCUGCCUCAGGAUCCGACUUAUGGACCCAUCGUCAGGAAUCUGCAAGCAGAUCCCAGCUCUGAACCUGGCUAUGCCCUGAGUUCAGAYCUGCUGUAUACUUACAGCAGAGGAGAGGAGCGCUUGUGCAUCCCUGAGGAUCAGCAGCUGAGGACACUGCUGAUGUCAGAGUGCCACGACGCGCGUGGACACUUCGGGUUCUUGAAGUCGUAUGCAGCCCUGUCGCAGCGCUUCUUCUGGAAGGAGAUGCGGAGUGAUAUGCUGUGCUACGUGGAUACCCAUGAGCUCUGCCAAAGGAACAAGGUUCAGCGUAAACCUCCUCUGGGAUUGCUCAAACCUUUGCCCACACCUGAUGGUCUUGCCCAGUCUGUAUCCAUUGAUUUUACAGACUUAGGCAAGACUACCCCUCGUGGCAUGCGUCAGGUUAUGGUCUGCGUGGACAGGUUUUCCAAGUACGCAGAGUUCAUCCCCUUUCCAGAGGUAGCUAGGGUACCGGCUGUGAGAACAGCCUUCUCUGAGAGGUGGGUCACUCACCAUGGACCGCCCACUUCUAUUGUGAGUGAUCGAGACCCCAAAUUUUGCAGCGAUGAGUGGCAGUCCUACUGCAAGGACUAUUUGCACUCCCGCCUGGACAUGACUUCUGGACGUCAUCCUGAAGCCAACGGAUUGGCUGAAGUGAUGAACCAAGUCCUGUUCCAGCUGCUGCGUCCUGUGAUCUCUCCAGAUCAGCAGGACUGGGAUCUCCACUUGGUGAGAGCACAACUCAUGUAUAACAUGUCUGUCCACUCCUCGACAGGGUUCAGUCCCUACCGGUUACAUUGGGGGCGUGAGCCGCGACAGCCUCUCGAUGAUAUCAUCGAUAAGGCUAAGCCUGCCCUUACCCCAGGCACUGCAGAGUUCGCCAGACGCUAUCGUCUGGAUGUGGAGAGGGCGCGGGCGAACUUGUUCAAGGCCCAAAAGGCCAUGAUUGAACAAGCCAACCGCCACAGGCGGCCUUCCCCCAUCCGCACUGGUGACUAUGUCUGGGUGGCCAGUUCUCAGUUGUCGAGGGAGGAGGAUAUCUCCCCCAAGCUGUUGCCACGCUACCUGGGUCCGUGGCAGGUUCUAGAUACAGUGGGCGCUGACCCCUUCGGUCUGUCGUACGUUAUCGACGUUCUGCUGCAUCUACGAACCUAUCCGGUCUUCCAUGCAUCCAAACUGUUGUCUUUUACGCCAGCUGAUGCAUUCCCUGACCGGCCCCCUCAAUGGGGCCCACCAAUCCCUGGUAAGGGGUAUGCUGUGGUGGCCAUUGAGGAUGAGUGGGGCACUGGCCCCGACCGGCAGUAUCUUGUUAGGUUCGCUUUUCAGCCCCCUUCUGAGAAUCGGUGGUUCUACAGAAGAGACCUGAUCAAGACAGCAAAGUCUGUUGUACUGCGGUAUGAGGCAGCUCAGAAGGGUGACCUUCGCCGUUCACCUCGUCUGCACCCCUAGCUCGGAGGUCCUCGCUCCCGGGGAGG